UAUCUAGUACCAGGGUGAGAGGGGCGGCGGGAGAGGACAGGCAAGACCCGCCUACUGCCGUUGUUCGUUCGCUCCGCAGAUCCGUUCACUUGUCCCCUGAACGUCGUGUGUGCAUCUGCAGUAGUUCCGUGUCUCUCCUUUGGCAGCAAAUGUUACAGGACCUUCAAUUCCAAUCGGAACCCUAAAGAUUUUUUUCGCGUGACAGAGCCCAGCGUAAACCACAACGGAAUGGCGCUCUUGUGCAAGGUCAUUCUGGCGAGUGCACUCAGCAUGGCCUUCGGGACAACAGAACGAACAGAUACCGUGGAGCCACAACAGCCUGGGGGAUGCCAGGUACUGCCAUCGCUCCUUCAGUCCGCGGGCUCGUCCCUAACGUGCAUUGCAGCCUCUUUGAUCAACUGUCAAGCAAAUGAAAAUGCUCAGCUGUCCAUUGCGCAAGACCUGCGGGACACCAUGUCCGAGGUGCGGCGGGCGAUUCUCGACGCGGAGAGGCAGCGGCGGCGGCCAAGGCACUGCCGCGACCUGCAGCUCGACGGUGACUCCGAGUCGGGCGUCAGACGCGUGUUCCCCUUCCGCAACUCGCCUGACACGGCCGCGACAGUCUACUGCGACCAAAAGACCGACGGCGGCGGCUGGACGGUAUUCCAGAGGCGGCUCAAGCUCCCUGUGAGGGAGGACUUCUACCGCACGUGGGUCGAGUACGAGCUCGGCUUCGGCAACAUGGACGGCGGCGAAUUCUGGCUGGGCCUCGACCUCGUGCACCACCUGACCUCGACCGGCCUGCAGGAGAUGAGAAUCGACCUCACGGACUACGAGGACACCGCGAAGUGGGCCAAGUACGGGGUCUUCCACCUGGGGGACGCCAGCACCAAGUAUCGGCUGAGAGUCGGCAGGUACAACGGCACAGCUGCCGAUGGCUUCGGGAGUGGCAGGCACAACGGCCACCCUUUUUCCACGCACGAUAACGACAACGACGGCGACGGUGCGAACUGUGCGGCAAAGUAUCGCGGUGCUUGGUGGUAUGACAAGUGCCACAUAUCCAACUUGAACGGGUUUCCUUAUGAAGGCGACCAUGCGAGCUAUGCGGAUGGCAUCGAGUGGCAACCCUGGAGAGGAUACCAUUACUCGCUAAAAACUACAGCAAUGAUGAUAAGGCCAGCAUUCUGAAGCUUCUGCUGCUGCUCACACUCACACACACACACACACACACACACACACACACACACACACACACACACACACACACACACACACACACACACACACACACACAUAUACACACAAUCAUUCUGUUAAUAUAAACUGUAU